GUCGUGCCAGCCGAUUGCCACUUAGUUAAAAUAGACAUAAAAGAAUAUGUUAUGUCUGGUUUGCAUGCCGAUCUUGUCACACACUCCUCAGCUUUUUUCGACGGCGUCCAACAAGACGCAUGCGCCAAGCUGCUGCGUGCGAUUUUGGAUUGCCAGUACGUGGCGUGCCCCACAGCGCCCGACAAGGUCUGGAAGGUCACCGUCGGCGCUGGCAUGGGACUCCCUUGUAGUGGGGAGGUUGCUGACGCAGCGUAUUUCAAUCAAGUUGAGCGCGACAGCGUGUCUCAAGAUCGUUUCUGUGAGUUGCACGGCAUAGUAGCUUAUAUUAGGUAUCGUGACGACAUUAUGCUGGUGCAUUCGGGGUCCAGAGCACAGCUCGAUGCCCUUAUUGGCAGAUUGCAAGAGCUGUCUACGGUGUUUAAGCUAGAAGUUGAGAGUAUCGCCUCCGAUGAGGUUCAGAUGCUCGACGUCGUGUUUUACCGUGGGCCCCGCUGGCGCUCCACGGGCAUCAUGGAUCACCGCAUUCAUAUCAAGCGGUCGUCUUUGUGGAUCCCCCUCAGCGAUCGCAGCAUGCAUCCCGCCGGCGUGCACCGAGCAUGGCCGCUCGCACACGCGCUCCGCGUGCGCCGUUUGUGUUCGGAGCGGCAGCACGCCGACAGUGAGAUCAGAAGUUUUGUAGCAUUUUGCGUCAGCAUUCCUCACACAUCGCACUAUUACCACGAAUCUUGGGGGUGCGGCCCCCCAUUGUUCGCCUCCCUGGCUCGACUGUCCAUGAGCAACAGCCUUUGACUCGUAUUGUAAUGCCGUACUGCAGCCAGUGGCAGGCUGCAGGCGUGCAGCGUGUAGUAAAUCGCGCUGUGAAGCCAUGGCGCUCUCAACACGGAGGCUUCUCCGCCAUAGGCAUCGCAUGGAGUUUGGGCGACAAGCAUCUUGUCCAGAUUGUCAAGUCGUAUAACAGCUCUCUCGAAGAAGGGGGCUGCGGCUUGCGCAUUUUAUGCACUGCGACUCGAUAGUGGUUGGUUGGUUGGGGCUGGUUGGUGGACGCAUUGUCUUGCAUUGUCUUCUCGGCAUCAGUGCCACAACGUUGACGGCAGGCAGCGCAUCUCUACAUAAUAGUGUUUUUGCUCGAACUCGCUGAGCAAGCAAGGAUACAGCCAAGGUAGCAGAGUCUUGGCCGAGCACCAAAACAUCAUCGCCAGAGCGUGUGUGUUGCCCAUUCCCUGUUUACGGUAAUUCCUUUUACACAGCACCAUGUCCGGUGAUGAAGCCUCAGCCGCUGCGACGAGUGAACUCCCAGGCGGGAGGACUGCAGGUGGGCGCAGACCGCUGCUAGCGCCAGCGUCUAGCCUGAUGUCAGCACCGGCAGAUGGGGCCCGUGGAGCCCGGAGCCAGUCCCGUUCUCCGCGGGGGGCUCUGGGCCCCGCUGACGUACAAGGGGCCCGCGCCGCCAGCUCCGACUUCGCAGCUGUGAAGAAGCUAGUGGAAGACGAGUUGAAGGGGUUCCUACCGAAUGAGCUGAUUAAGAGAAUUCAGAAAUCCACGAACGAUUUGAACGCGAGAAUCGCAAGUCUCCAGAAGGUGAACGAGAGGGCGACGAGCACCAAGAGCGAUGUGGAAGCUUUGAGUGCUGGCCGGGUCCCUUCUGGGUGUCGACCCUUCACGUUGGCAUACGAGUCGCCGUUCUUGGACACAGAGCGCGUCGUUGACCUGAGUUUCCGCCUUGACCUCUCCGGCAAGACGCUGCGGGAGGCGAAGCAAGAGGCCUACUGCGCGCACCUGGCCAUUCAGAAGAAACUCGAUGUGCUGCUCCUGGCCAAGCAGAGGGACGACCUGCGCAGGCUCACGAAGAGGGAUUACUUCGUCGAGACAUGCGCGGCCGCCCUGUCCGACCAGACGUCCAGAGUUUCAGGCCUGGACCUCGAUCUGGACCUGGACAACGACGACGGCUUCCAGGUCUCCACUGCCGGCGUCGACGCCGAGCGGUUGAAGGCCAAAGCCACCGCCAUCUACGCCAAGGCGGUGGCUCGAGCUUCAGACGAGAAGGCUCGCAAGCAGCAGGAGAAGGCCAAGCAGGGCCAGGCCCGGGAGAAGCUGAUCCAGCAGAUGAUGGGGACGAGCCCUGCGGACCUCUUCAACAUGGCCGUGGAUGCUCGUGUGAUCGCUCGCCAGCGCGUGCCUGGCCGAGCAGGUCCGGCAGGUGGCGGCACCAUAGCCGCCCAGGCGGCAUCCCUGUACACCUCCACCAUGGCCGCUGGCCAGUCCUCUGUCGACCGCGCCGACGCCGUACGCUUUGCUGCCUUAUCAAAAAACGGCACGUCCCCGCCCGGACAGGGCGGGGGCAAGGACAAAGGCAAAGGCAAAGGGCGAGGCGACCCGAAGGGCAAGUCCAAGGGCAACGGGAAAGCCACGCCCUCCCCCAAGGGCGAGUCAAAGGGCAAGUCCAAGGGCAAGGGCAAAGGCAAGAGCAAGGCAUCCGGCAAGACGAGCGCCGGGAAGGGCGCUGGCGCACGAGGAAGCGCGAGAGGGUCUGGACGUGGCAGAUCCGCCGGAGGCAGGCGGCGAGGGAGGGGGACGUGACGGUGAGGCUGGCCCGUUUGUUCCUGCAGUUCACUCGUGAUCUCCCCGCCCCUGAUUUCAACUCUUUGCUUUCGUGUGAUGAUAAACCAGUUUAUUUGUUUCACCCGCGUUCGAAUUGUGCGACUGUCCCUUCAGGUACCGAGCUGGCCUGGCCAGUCAGGUUUUUGCUUACGAUGUUUCAUCGAAAGCACGUGUUUUGCAUGACACCCAAAUCUUCUUUGUCUCACGUUUCUCUUGCCCUUUGGAAUUGGGAGCAUAAGCUUCGUUGGAGAUGGUUUUUCGGAUCUAACGCCGAAGACCCAACAGCUGGCGAAAGCUGGUGGCGGUUGCGAUCCAAGAAAAGAUAUUGCAAGCCGUGUGAUGUUGCAUUGCCUCUGUCUCUGCAGUGCAUGGUUGACGCUGUCAGGCGUGAGGUCUGGCAGGCGUGCCUUGUACAGAGCCGGCGUCGCGCUCCGCCAGUGCCCGCAGUGAUUGGGCUUGCUCUCUCCCUCCUCCAAAAAACGGGCGUCGGGGCGCUCCCCACAGAUCAAGAUGCUGGUUUUUGUUUAAUCCUUCGAGCGAUUUGCACAAUCGCUACAUGCAUCUAUUGUCUGGCCCCGCUUACCGAGUGAAGCUCGCUCCAUGCAGUUUUGGGGCGACAGUGGCAACUGAUUUCAUCGAGGCUGUUCGCGAAACGUGCAGGGUUUUAGAUGACAGGGCGCUCGAGCGAGCCAUGCUUUCGGACGUGGACGCGAGCCGGUGCGAAGACAUCGUGUCGCGCGUUGGGGCCACCGUCAAGACGCACAAGCCUCCUGGCAAGGUGGAGUUGCGCCUCCUCCACUGUAGUGUUCGUAAUCCGAUGGCUCCAGCAAUGCGGUGGAUCUCCCACGCGUUGCCCCCUCAUCUUAGGCGCGUUCCGUUUCUGGCUCGCGACACCCAGCACCUAUUGCAGAUCAUGUCGCGC